AUGAACUCGUCUGAAUUGAGGCGCCUUUACGAUGAGCAGGGCUUCGUGAUCAUCCCAGAUCUCGUUCAGGAUGAGCUGCGCAGCGCGUUAGAAGAGGCAAGCGAGUGUGCCAUUGCGAAGACGCGCUCGGGGAGUUGGAAGCUUCGACGUACGGUUGGACGUCAGUUUCCUCCGUAUGGAGAGGGCGAUCCGGACUCGUGGGGCGUGCAGCAUGUCAUGCACCCCGAGUUGGGCGAGCCUAUCUUCGCGCAGUGGUACACGAGCGAUCCCUUGGUCAACGUUGUGAGGGAGCUCCUGGAAUGCAGUGAAGAUGAGCUCCAGAUGGAGCUGUUCAACAUGCUGAUCAACCCUCAUUCCCAUGCCUUUGCGCUGCGCUGGCAUCGCGACGACGUGCGUGAGGACGCGUCGGAGGAAGAGGAGCGCAAGGCAUUGAGUGUUUGGCAUCACGGCGUGCAAUGGAACACGGCCCUGUACAAGGAUUCGUGUCUGUAUGUCGUCCCCGGUUCACAUAAAGUUCCUCGAACCCCCGAACAGCGUGCACACUCGUCGACGCUAGACCCUCCUGAUAAUCCGCUAGACAUGCCGGGCGCGAUUCAAGUUGCGUUACAACCGGGCGAGACCGUCUUUUACAACAAUAACAUCCUUCAUUGUGCAACGUAUGACCCAAACGAACGGCGAGCAACGCUACAUGCAUCGAUGGGAGACAUUCGCGGCGGUGCUACUCGAGCCAGGAAUGUACUCCAGCAUGGACUGAUGUGGAUGAAAGAAGAACGCUUCCGGGACAGUUUGAACCAGAGGGGAAAGAAGAUGCUCCGUCAACUCGUCACGCUGCAAGAGAACGUAAACGGCGACGUGGGCUACUCGCUCACAAAUAAGUAG